GCUCGAGAGAGGUAUGCCGGUUGGGUCUCGUUCGUGAAAUUGGGAUUUGUGAUUUCCGUUGAGUUAGGGCUGCCACCCUAAGCGACCUUGAGGCUUGGCACGGGACACCAUUCCCAAUUGGGUGUUCAGCCACUGUGGCUGAUCAGAUCGGUCCCGUUGGCGGUGAGGCAUCGUUCCCCACCUCAUGUUUGCACUUGUACGGAGGAAGCAUAUCGUGGUUCCAUCUCCGCCAAAUGCCCGAACACUUGCGAUAUGGGCCCGACUUGCUAACCCGGCACUGAACGUUUAUGAUUGAUUCGUGAACAUACUACCAUGGCCACCAUCUUUGAAGACUUCGUUCAAGGCCAGCGAAUUGGCUCUGGCCCUCGCCUUGCUGCUGCUCUUACUCCCGUUGCCCCCGCCGAGUACCCCCAACGACUCCAAUCGUUCUACCGCUUCUCAAAUGCUGCCCGUGUAUCCUCAGAUCUCCGCUAUUCGCUCUUUCAGGCCAAUGGCUUGAAGCUACCGAAGCAAGAACAAAAUGCAUGGAUCGAUAUCUUUUCAACUUACUGGACCGCUGUCGGAGAAGUUACCAAAUUCACCGACUCUCCGUCAAGCGCGAGCUGGGUAAAGGUCUUCAAUUCUUGGAAGGACUUGGCAAAUAUCCUUAUUCGGGGCUAUACGAACUUCGGUCUUCAGGCAUGGACAGUUCCAUGUCUAUACGUUGUUGGAAAAUACUUGCGAAUCUUCGCUAUGAAAGCAGACGCCGAACUAUCGUCUCAAGAUUCGGUUGCAUUCGGAGACAAUUUCCAGGAUGACAUCGCGGCCGAUUUCGAAAAGAGUGCGAAGCUUGAGGAAUCGGCACGUAUAAUCAACCGAAUGUUUACUUUAUGUCUAAGUGACAGAGCCCCGAUUGAGGAGUCGCGCAAAUGGGGCAUAUAUAAUACGACAAAUUUGUUGUUCAAAACUUAUUUCAAGAUCAAUUCUGUCUCACUUUCCAAAAACCUUCUUCGCGCGCUCAAAGCUUCAUCAGCAGACCUUCCAGAUAUGGAGGUCUUUCCCAAGUCUCACAUAGUCACCUUUAAAUAUUAUGUUGGAUUGAUCCACUUUCUGGAUGAGAACUAUGCAGAGGCUGAAGAGCAUCUGGCGUACGCAUGGAACAUGUGUCACAAAGAUGCAAUCAAAAACAGGGAGAUGAUUCUUGCUUAUCUUAUCCCUUGUCAUCUUGUCACGACACAUACUCUACCAAGCAAGAAGCUUCUUGCUCCGUUUCCCAGGCUUGAGAAGUUGUUCCGUCCGCUUUGCAACUGUAUCAUGAAGGGCGAUCUCAAUGGUUUCGACAAUGCUAUGACCGCAGGGGAGGAAGAAUUUGUCAAGCGACGCAUCUACCUACCCCUCGAACGAGGACGUGACAUAGCAUUGCGAAACCUAUUCCGAAAGGUUUUCAUCGCUGGAGGCUUUGAAGAAUCCAAGGAUGGCCAGCCGCCAAUUCGACGUACACGUGUUCCAGUUGCUGAGUUCGCAGCAGCAUUGAGGAUAGGUACACAUGCAGAUGAUAGAUCUCGUGUCGAUAUUGACGAGGUCGAGUGUUUGCUAUCCAACCUCAUUUACAAGGGCCUUAUGAAAGGCUAUAUUGCCCGGGAGCGCGGCAUGGUGGUCCUAAGCAAGGGCGGCACCGCGUUCCCAGGAACAGGUGUCUAAGAGCAUCCCAGCCAACUUAAGACGAGAGGCAUGUUAGCGCCGAUUGUCUACACAGUUCCAUAUUGUCUGCAUAUACCGUCAAAAUCCUCGAUCACCAGAGGAUCAUUAUCUGAACGGUCCUGGACAGAUCUAGUUAUCAACUUGCGCUGCUCAGCGUUUACGACCUCCCCACUAGAACUUCUAGCGCCUUGCGCUAUGCGCAAAUUUAAACCCUAGGCCAACUUCUACACGACCCCUUGAUGGCUAGAUUCACAACAUAGCUUUUGCUACAUGAACAGCAAUGCAUCAUGAAGGACUACUGAAUAACAGUGACUCAGAGUCUUCUUGCUCGAUUGAUAGAUUCGACGACUACGCCAGGAGAGAGAAAUAGCAUCUUCAAUGGCUAUAAGUUAGGAAGUUUGCAUGAUUUACGAUGAUCAGAUGCACUGCAUUGGCUUCAGAAUAUCAAUAUUGUACCUAAGGAUCUCACAUCAUGGACGAUAGUCUUUCUUUGGCUUACACUUACACUACCAUGCCUGGUACAAGAUGUGGAGGAUUGAAAGCAAAA